AAAACCAAGACAAAGCUAAGCUCAAAAACUAACUAGGGCAGUGAAGGCAGUGCCUUAAAAUGAGGUUUUCACUACUUGAUUUUUUAUUGUUAUUCCUACUUUGUUGGGUGUUUGCAAGUGAAGGCAGUGUCAAUAUUAGUUUUUAUGAAAACUAUAAUGUUACAUAGGGUUUUGAUCAUGUCUUUUCUUUAAAUCAAAGACAUGAUAUUCAGCUCUUUUUGGAUAUUUCUUCUGGUUAUUCUCUCCCUCUUGUUUCUUAAUUUCCCCCUUUCAUUUUAAAAGAUCAAAGGAUUAUAUAUCCCCCUCAAUUUAUGAUAUACUUCUUUUACUUUUUCAUUCCUCUAUAUAUUAUUAUAUUUUCAUUCUGUAAAAAAGUCUUAUUACAUUUUGCCCAUCUUAUAUUUUGUAUGUUGUAGUUCCCAAUUCUUUUUUUUUACUUAUAUGCUAUGUAUCAUUAUUCAUUAACAUUCAAAUUUUCAAUAUGAAUAAACUUAAGUCAACUAGAUUAAGAUGGAAAUCCAAAAGCUUUGCAAAAAGUUGAUUUUUAGGACGUUCAAAAUUUAGUUAGAUCUCCUCUUAUAGUUUUUGUUUUGUCAAGGAUAUUUAUGGACAAUUGGUCCUUUUUAUCCCUAGUCAUGCAACUCAACUGGUACUUUUGAUAUCAAUAAUGGUUUUUCUUUCUACGUUAGGUUUUAAAGAGUAAGGUGUGGGUUCUAUUUAGCUCAUCUCAUAUAGUAUCCUGUUAUCGAAUAAAGAAAUGGAUUCUAAUAUUGUUUACACUAAAAACUAUUUGGUGUGUUGGUCUAAUAAAAAAGUAAUUAUCAUAGACCGGAUGUCAUAGAUUUAGAGCCUACCAUUCAAAUAAAUUAUUAUAGGUUUCAAUUACAAUAUGGAUUACUUAAAAUUAAGAGUUGAUAGAGCCACAAAACUAAAAUCUAUUGUUUUAAUUGGUUUUGGUAGUCCUCCCUUUGGAUUCUCCAAGUCCAUAUAUGGAUGUAAAACAUAUUUCUAGAACUUUCAAAUGCGUUACAUACUUACAUGCUUAAAGAGUUAUACAAUAUAAAAUAUAAUUGCUGAAGAUUUUUUGAUUGCUUUCACAUUUUUAGAGUAUUCAUCAUCAAAGGUUUAAAAUUAUUGUGAAAGUGAAAAAUAAUAUUACUAAUAAAUUUUUACUAUAUCAUAAAUAACAUAUAGAUACUAAAACAUGUAAUAAAGGAAAAGUUUUUAAGUAUGAGCCGAGUUUUCAAAGUCAUGAAGGUUUCCACGUCAAGCACAAACUAGCUAUUCCACAUGGAAUCAUACAUCUUUCUGGGAAAACUCUAUCUGAUAUUCAAUCAAAUUUAUUUACUAAACGAAGUUUUCAUGAGACUUGCAAAGUUUUUACAUCAUUGAUGCAAAAAUGGUGGCUUUAAUUCUCUUUAUGUUAUAAUCUUUUAUAUCUUGUAGGGGCUGGUUUUGCAUCAAAGCUAGGCUAUGCUUCUGGGUUUUUUCAUUUGAGGAUGAAGCUACCAGACAAGGAUUCUGCUGGAGUAGUUACUACAUUCUAUCUAAGUUCACAUGGUAAUAAUCAUGAUGAGUUGGAUUUUGAGUUCUUGGGCAAUAGGGAAGGGAAGCCAUAUACAUUACAAACAAAUGUCUUUGCAAAUGGUCUUGGAAAUAGGGAGCAAAGGAUUCUUCUUUGGUUUGACCCCACAGCAGAUUUUCACACUUACAAAAUUCUUUGGAACGAACAUCACAUCGUAUUUUAUGUGGACAAUGUCCCCAUCAGAGUGUUUAAGAACAACAAAAACAUUGGAGUUAACUACCCAUCACAGCCAAUGCACAUAGAAGCCAGCUUGUGGGAUGGAGAUAGUUGGGCAACUGAUGGAGGCCAAACAAAAAUUAACUGGACUCAUGCACCAUUCAAUGCACACUACCAAGGAUUUGGCAUUGCUGGUUGCCCAGUUCAAAACUCAUUAGACAUUCAACAAUGUUAUUCUUCCAAGUACUAGUGGAAUUUGGAAAAGUAUUGGAAAUUGGAUCAUAGACAACAAAGAGAGUAUGAGAAUGUGAGAAAGAAGUACAUGAACUAUGACUAUUGUUCUGAUAGGCCUAGGUACCCUACACCACCACCAGAGUGCUUUAAUUGAUAAGGAGCACAAGAAUGAUAGAUAACGAAGUUAAUAAAAUACAGGGUGAGCUUUAAGGGGAUCCAAUGACACUGACACCAAAAUUAUGAGAAACUUGGAUCAAUUCCUCACUUUGUUCUUUAAGAAUACAUUCCAACAUUUACAAGUUGUUAAAAAUAUGUGCGAUAUUGGUUUUAUGUGUAUUAAGGUGUAAUGGUUCUAGAUGCCCAAUAAUAUUAUGUGUAUUUUUUUUUUAUAAUA